UCCACAAUCUGAAAGACAACCUAUGUUCAAAUUGUGAAAGUAGAUAUAACGCACGCAAAAGUAGACUGGAUCGUCAGUCAAUAUAGACACAGGGAUCAAUAACACUGUUAUUCCACAGUGUUUACCUGGUUCUGAAUGAGCUCCGUCUAGGUUAAGAGAACAGGAUAAUGGUGUAGUAACAGUUUAUUGUUGAUGGGUUUAUAAGUCACAUUAUGGAGCUGAUUGAUAGCACUAAUGAUAUUUGUUGGGAUAUUACAAUAAUAACGCACCAGUAAUGGACGGAGGAUGGCGACAUCUUUCAUCGUACAACGCUCUGGCCGAGAACAUUGGAAAUUGAUACAGAUUACAGUGUUUUUUAACUGUAUUUGCAUACUACAUGGCACAGCUGUGACUCAAUCAGUACGAUCGGCAACGAUACCGGGGAGAUUUCUUUUUGGUGGACUUUUUCCUGUUCAUCAGAAGGGUGUAGACGGAACUUGUGGUGCGAUUAAUCCUGACCGUGGUAUUCAAAGGUUAGAAGCCAUGCUCUUUACUUUGGAUGAAAUAAAUUUAGAUCAAAACAUUCUUCCUGGAAUUCGAAUCGGAACCGAAAUAUUUGACACGUGUGCAAGGGAAACAAUUGCAUUAGAUAGAUCGUUGGAGUUUAUACGCGGAACUUUUACAUCUCUUGAUGCUUCCGACUUCCGGUGUGAAGAUGGAUCCCUUGCAAAGGCAAAUAAAACACCUAAAGCUAUAGCAGGUGUUAUCGGUGGUUCGUAUAGCUCUGUUUCUGAGCAAGUUGCGAAUUUAUUACGGUUAUUCAAAAUCCCACAAAUAAGUUAUGCAUCCACAAGUGCAAGAUUAAGUGAUAAAAAGCGUUAUGACUAUUUCAUUAGAACAGUCCCACCAGAUAAUUUUCAAGCCAAGGCUAUGGUUGACAUUGUGUCAAAGUUCAAUUGGACAUACGUAUCCACAGUGGCAUCAGAAGGAGAAUACGGAGUUUCCGGUAUUGAAGCAUUUGUAGAGGAAGCUAAUGCGAGGAAUAUUUGCAUUUCAGAGUCAAUCAAAAUAAAUUCCAAUGCUAAUAAGAAUUCGUAUAUUGAAGCAGUUCAAAAAUUAGCAGCCUCACCUGAAAAUGCCAAAGUUAUCAUCUUAUUCCUUAGACAGGAAGAUGCAAAAGGUAUUUUAAGAGCUGUUCAUGAGAAAAAUAUGUAUGGUCGGUUUUAUUGGAUAGCCGCUGACGGUUGGGGUCAGCAAACUGCUGCUGUGGCAGAUCAUGAAAGAGCGGCUGAAGGAGCAUUGACUUUAGAAUUACAAUCUACUUUUCUACCAGAAUUCGACAAGUACUUCUUUAAAUUAAACCCACAGGACAAUAAAAGAAAUCCUUGGUUUAGGGAAUACUGGGCAAAAGUUCAUAAGUGUAGUUGGCCUAAUGUUACCCAUCCUAUAACUAAUCCGUUGGCCAAGUUUUGCACUGGAAAAGAACAAUUGUCACUUUCUGUGUACAAGCAGGAGAGUAAAGUCCAAUUUAUUUAUAAUGCAGUGUAUGCAUUAGCAAUAGCCUUGCACAAUAUGUAUGCGGAUGUCUGUGGAAAUAGGACGGAGAAGGCAGAGUUGUGUGCUGAAAUGACAAAACUGAAUGGAGAAACACUAUUAAAGUUAUAUUUGUUAAACACAUCAUUUAUAGAUAAAUACGGCGCACUGGUAAAAUUCAACGAGAAAGGUGAUGCUUUAGGAAGAUACAAUAUCAUGAAUUAUCAACUUAAUAGAAAUACACGAUUAUAUGAGUACGUGUUAGUUGGAAACUGGUCUACUUCGCUGGAGCUUGAGACAGAAAAGAUCGUCUGGGCAGGCGGAACAAAAGAUAUCCCAUCGUCAAGGUGCAGCAGGCCAUGUGAAUACGACGAAUAUAAGCAUGUUGGAAAAAAUGGAAACUCGAAUCAGUGUUGUUGGAUGUGUAUCAAAUGUAAAGAAUAUCAAUAUUUAAAAGAUGAGUUUACUUGUAAAGAGUGUGGCUAUGGUGAAUGGCCGGAUCUGGAUAAAAAAGGUUGCCAUUCUCUCGCUGAGAAAUACAUGCAAUGGAAUACAAUUUACGCUAUAAUCCCAAUCGUUUUAGCAUGUGUGGGGCUAUUUUCAACAUGUACUGUUAUAGUCACGUUUUUCAAUUUUAGAGACACGCCCAUUGUAAUGGCGUCAGGACGCGAACUUAGUUAUAUGUUGUUGUCAGGUUGUAUUUUGUGUUAUUUAAUAACAUUCGUGUUGAUAGCAAAGCCUUCCACCUUUAUAUGUGGAAUUCAAAGAUUCGGUGUUGGCUUUGGUUUUUCUGUGAUGUAUUCCUCGCUACUGACGAAAACAAACAGAAUUUCUAGAAUUUUUGAUAGUGCUAGACGGUCUGCACGGAGACCGCCAUUUAUAAGUCCAAAAUCACAAAUUGUGAUAGCUAGUAUUCUCAUAUUUAUACAAGUAUUAUUCACUGCUAUCUGGUUAGUAUUAGAAAGACCAGGAACCAGAUUGUAUACUCCAAAUGAGCGAAGGGAUGAGGUUAUCCUGAAGUGUAGGACAGACGAUAUAUCAUUCCUCAUGUCAUUAGUGUAUAACAUGCUACUUAUUAUCAUAUGUACAUACUUUGCUAUUAAAACAAGAAAAAUCCCGGAGAAUUUCAACGAAUCCAAGUUCAUCGGAUUUGCCAUGUACACUACAUGUAUAAUUUGGUUAGCAUUCAUUCCGAUAUAUUUUGGAACUUUAAAUUCAUUCCAGAUCCAGAUAACAACAUUAAGUGUGUCUAUCAGUCUGAGCGCAACAGUCAUUCUAGUGUGUUUGUUUACGCCAAAAAUGUACAUUAUAGUCUUCCAUCCUGCCAAAAAUGUUCGAAAACUAACUAUGAAUUCAACAAGUACAAAGAAACCACAGUUAACUACUAGUUCUGUACUAAACAGUAACAAUUACGAUGGCAGUGCUGGAGAACGAAUAAAGUUAAGUGUAAAUUAUGAUGAAAGAUUUGGCGUGACUACAACAGAGAAGGAAGGCGAGACAGAAAAUCUUGAUAUGUUAUGAUAGCAGACUGGAUCUUUCUUACAAGACAAGUUGAUGACUGACACACAGACAAUUUGUUUUGUUAAACUCACGGACUAAAAAUCGAUCGAAUUCAGAAUAAACUCGCCUACAUUUAAUUUUUAUACAAAAGAAGUGUUAGACAAGCUUUAUUUCUCUGAAUUGAUAAACAUGUCUUUUUGUUAGUUAUAACCAUGUAUUUGGUACUUUAAUGUUUAAAUAAAUUCAAUUGCAAAAGCAGAAAAAAUAUGAAGUUUAGUAUUUACAUGUACAUGUAUCUCUUUUCCGUUUUAGGGAGACAAGUAGACUGGAAAAGAACACAAAAUUAUUUUUUUUCCUCGAGUAGCAAUACAAGUAAGAGCAAACGGCAAACAUAUCAUUCUGAAUUGAUAUUGUUCAAUGAUUUUGCUGCGCAGGUUUCAGUUUUAUCAUGAUUACAUCGAUGCGCAAUGACUCUUAAAUUCCCUUUUUAUCGAUUGUAAAGAAGUGACAACUGUAGGUAUUCUGUCUGGUACUAUGAUUUAAAAAGAUUUUGUCCAUAUAAAAAUAAGAAUAGAAACAUAUUUAUUUAGUUGAAGAGACACGGCUGACUUUUAACUGUUGUAUGUCAUUUUGAUGUCAUCUCAUCAAUAAUUUGUGCAUAUAGAGAGAGGGUUUCAAUAUAAAUAUGAGAUGUAAAUCUCAAGGGCAAUUAAUCACAGAUCGAAAUUAAAGUGUUACAAAUUUUUUUGUUUGCUUUAAUCAAAGAUAAUUAUGUCCCCAAUAUUUGUAAAAACAUGGCACAUAUUUAUUUGUAUCUUUAAGCAUCUGCCGAUAUAUAUGUUUUAGUUGUUUUUGUUUCGUUAUCUUCAUCUCGUGAUGUCGCCACAUUAAAUUUCAAUCAAUUAUUUAUUUAUUUUUCACGAUAUUAAUAAAAUUAUUUAUCUUUGAAUAUCAUCAUUUUAUUAUACAGUCAUUAUAAAUGAUAGAUUUUUUUAAAAUAAAACUAAUUUAUAUUGUAUAUUUAUAUUUAUAUAGCGUUUUUAGUACAGAAAUGUGAACUCAAUUUUACACAUGUAUAUGUUUAUUGAACAUCGUCUUGCCAAAACUUUUUUUUUGUAUUAAAUAGUAUAUUUUAGACAACUGAGUAGCUGACCGAUGUUUAAAUCUCACACGUCGAUUAAAAUUAAAGGGGCAUUAUAUAUACAUCUGUCAAAUUCAUGUUCACCGAUUUGACUCAAAUUCGACUUAUAACAUACUAAAACGCAUAUUCAAAUUAUAAAAAGUCUAAAAUAAACAAGCUACGGUGCAUACACUCGAUAGUAUAUAUCAGCAUUUCGUGUGCAUUUUAGUCUAGACGCCAUCUAAUUAACCAUUGAGGUGACCUCCGAAGACUGCCGAAGGUCAUAUAACCCGAUAUAAACGUAAACAUAGAUAUAAAUAGAUUGCGAACUCAUGCAAUCGGAUUUUUCUAGGUCUGUUUUAUUUCAUAUUAUAGGUUAAAAAUAUAUUAAUUAUCGUUUUUACCUGUAUAAGAAUGAGUUUUUCUAGAUCGAAUCAGUCAACCAAAUGGUUUACCCUUGUUUCACUUCCAAUGUUUACAUUCUUUUCCAUUUAAUAACUGAACACGCCUAGUUCAUGCGUAACCCCUCUCUAGCUCUAGGAAUCAAUUAAAGUUCACAUGAAUACGGAUUCAAUGAGGUAGAAUUAUUCACUGUCGAUGUUUCUUUGCUUAUUUUGAAAAAAACUGAACCAAAUAUUAUUUCACUAUUUCACUUUCAUUAAUGAUUGAACAAAAAAAAUCAUAUUUUAUUUUUUUUAUAUCUCGUAGCUAAUGCCCCGUUAAGACAAAUCUAGGUUAACAACAAAAACUGAUGGUAUAGCAUGGACGAGAGGAGCGAGACAUGGUGUGUCAACAGGGUAAGCGUCUCUUGCUUUGAUGCUUCAUCCACCAUGCGAAUCCGCACUCAAUCAAAAUGUCACGAUUGAGAAGGACAAACAUUGGUGAAUUACGGAUUAGGCGACUAUUCUGAUAUCUAAUUAAAGGGAUUUAAGACUGCAAAAACAAGUCGCUAGUGAGUUGUGGUAAAGAUAUAUUGUAUCGGUCAACCAAUUCGAGAUGGUGACCUUAAACUUGUGUAAUGUCGAUUUCAGUCAUUCUUACUCACACUCUGUUGGAGCACUAUUGUGUAAGGAGCAUAUAUAGUGGUUCUUUUUACCAAGAUUUUGUAGUUUUUUUUUGUGAUCAUUAUCAUCAUUAUGAUUAACCAAAGACUACAUGGUGGGUAUCUUUUCCGUUAAAGAAUGAUAAGAAUGCAUGCCUGACAAAUUUUUAUAUGUAUUUGAGAAUCUAUCGGCUGAUAUUGCUUUUAAGAGGGGAAAUAAGUUGAAAACCAUUUCAUGAACUGUUGAUUGGACGCAUUGUGGUUUACCAGUGUACGCCGUAACACAACUGACAUUACUGGUUCCCUAUUGCAUGUAUGUUGCUUGGACGUAUUGGGGUAUACAAGUGUACGCCGGAGCACGUCUGACAUUACUGGUCCUCCAUUACAUGUCUGUUGACUGGACGUAUUGUGGUUUACCAAUGUAUGCCGGAUCACGACUGACAUGUCCUCCAUUGCAUAUCUGUUGGUAGGACAUAUUGUUAUAUACGCCGUAACACGACUGACAUUACUGAACCGUCUGCUGCAAUACAUUAUUUGUUUUUGUUUUUUCGGUGUUUUUUGUUGUUGAAUGUUCAAUAUACGAUUGUCCUGUCGAUUCGUUGCAAUCUUUAGAAUAUUUUUUCAACACCAUAAUUUGAAAUUUGGUUGAUGUCAAUAAUGCUGAUUGGCUUUUUGGCAUAAAUAUUGAAUACUGUAAACAUUUAAGGAUCAAUUAACCGUUUAAGUUUGUUCUUCUAGAAACAUAGAUAAAGCAUUUAAAAUUCUGUACAUACAUUUUACUUUUCAUAUACAGAUUCAGCAUACAUAUGUUUAAAAAAACUAUGUAUUAAAAAAUUAGGGGACCCAAAGUUACCGUCUUCCGGAUAUAUACGGCAUUUAAAAUGUUCUACUGCAAUGAUUCGUAAUUCUAGAUAAAAGUCUGAUCAUCUCCUUUUCACAGUCUAGAGUUACGCGCACAAGAAAAACCUUAAUCAUUAAAAAAAAAAACAUUUCUCAUUUUAAUACUAGUUUGUUCAACCUUUCCGUCAUUACUUUAUAUCUAAUCACUACUUUCUUUUUUCUCAUAAAUCAUGAAUUGAUUCAACUUUCAAAUGAAGUUGUGAAUCAAUAUACUCUAAAAGGUUGCUAGGAGCAUUCAAUUUUUUUGCUAUUUCUCACUUUGAUACACGAUGACUAGCUUUAAUGUUUUUACUGAAAUACAAGUAUCGAAGUGAUUAAGCUGAAAUUUGUUUUGAACGAUACUUUUUGCAAUAUUGUCCUUGAUAUCUUCUCUCUUAUUUAUAUGUUUACUCCCAACAUCAUUCGUAGAAUACUGAUUUUAGUGUGAAGGAGCGUGAACAUGAGACCAACCCAGAUGCUUUGUUGUAUGACCAAACGGAACCAUUUCAUUAUUUGUGCGUUGUGGUUUUGUCGUACAAAAUGUACUUUUUGUUUUGUUUGUGUAUAAUCAGUGUAAACAAUUUACAAGUUUGUACAAAAUAUCCAUUCGCCCCUCCAAUCGAAGAAAGCAUUUAACGGUUAUAUGUGCAAUCAACUGUUAUAUUUGUGGUUACACAUUUAAAGAAAAUGAAAGAAAGAAUUAAAAUGAGUUAAACUUAUGUGUGGCGAACAGAAGAUUGUGUACAAGAUGUAAACAAAUGUAAAAGUAAGCUUAAAGCUUUAAUUUUGUACAUUAAAGAAAACAAGGCCUGUAGCUAAAUGGUUUGUGUGUUUACUUAAGUGUAAAAAUCCCACACCUUAAUGUAUCUUGUCCGAAUGUUUAUGCUUUGUAUAUAUAUACAAUGAAUAUAAUAGUUGUAAAAUGUUUGUCAUAAUAUCAAAUCAUCUACUGUACAUUUGUAACAUAUAAUUAUACAAUAAAAAUAUGCUGUAAUUAA